GACAGCCUCGACGGCCUCGACUCUCCUCUCUCCACUUUCCAGUUUGUAGUUGUCAUUUGGUGGUUCUGAUGUUAGUAAUGGAAUUUAAUUUCAUAAUUUUGUAAUAAAAUAAACAUUUAAUAAUUGACCCGAAACCGAAUAUUGUUAUAGUGCUAAAUAAAUAUUAUGAAUUUCGAGUUAAAUUGAACAUGUUUCGGUGUAUACCCAUUUUUAAAGGUUGCAACAGACAAGUUGAUUAUGUUGAUAAGAGACAUUGCUCCUUAAUAAACGUUCCCGAGGAAAUCCUAAGGCAUUCGAGGAGCUUAGAGGAACUCCUAUUAGACGCUAAUAGGAUACAAGUUCUUCCAAAGAAUUUUUUUCGACUGCACCGUUUGAGGAAACUUGGUUUAAGUGACAAUGAAAUCAACAACUUACCAUCAGAUAUCCAAAAUUUCGAACAUCUUGUUGAACUUGAUGUAUCCAGAAAUGACAUCCCAGACAUCCCAGAAAGCAUCGGGCAACUACGAUCCCUCCGCGUCGCCGAUUUUAGUUCCAAUCCCAUUCCCCGUCUUCCACCUGCCUUCAGCCAACUCAAGUCUCUCACUGUCUUGGGACUCAAUGACAUGUCGCUGACCUCACUGCCACAGGAUUUUGGCCAGCUCACAUUGCUCACAUCUCUUGAGCUCAGGGAGAAUUUGCUCAGGGAGCUACCAGCUUCAGUUUCCAAAUUGAGUAACUUGGAAAGAUUGGAUUUGGGGGAUAAUGAAAUUGAAGAAUUGCCCGCGCACAUCGGCAAACUUUCCUCCCUACAAGAACUGUGGCUGGACCACAACCAAUUGCAGAGCCUACCGCCCGAAAUCGGCCAGCUGAGCAAUCUCACCUGCCUAGACCUCUCGGAAAACCGUCUGGAAAACCUCCCGGAAGAGAUAGCCGGUCUCGAAAGCCUAACGGACCUGCACCUGUCCCAAAACGUCUUGGAAACCCUGCCGGACGGCAUCGGCAAACUGGACAAGCUGACCAUACUCAAGGUCGACCAGAACAGGUUGACCUCCAUCAACAAAAACAUCGGUCACUGUCACAACCUUCAAGAGCUCAUCCUCACCGAGAAUUUCCUCAGCGAAUUGCCCGUGGCCAUAGGCAAAUUGGUGAAACUGACCAAUCUGAAUGUGGACAGGAACAGUCUCACGCUGAUACCCGACGAUGCGGGCAAUCUAUGCGAGCUGGGCGUGCUCAGCUUGAGAGACAAUAGACUGACGAUGCUGCCCGACACUUUGGGCAACUGCAGGAGAUUGCACGUGCUGGACGUUUCUGGGAAUAGGCUGCCCUAUUUGCCGUACACGUUGUUGCAGUUGAGCCUGAAAGCGGUGUGGCUGAGCGACAAUCAGGCGCAGCCUUUACUGACUUUCCAGACGGAUACCGAUCCCGAUACGGGCAAGACGGUGCUGACUUGUUUUCUGUUGCCCCAGCAGGAGUAUCAGCCGACGAUAGAUGGCGCUGCCACCGAAGAGGACGACGACGACGAUUGGCGCGAGCACGAGGCCAGUCGCACGCAUUCGGUCAAGUUCACCGAUCCGCAGGAGCAGGAGAACAAAGAGACACCGUUCGUGCGACACAACACCCCCCACCCUCGAGAACUCAAAGCCAAAGCGCAUAAAUUGUUCGGCAAAGGCCAGAAUUCCAUAGAGGAAAGCGAACAUCAGUCCAAUAACAUCAGCCAGCCAUCGCCAGUCGAAGCUGUCAAUCAGCAUGUCAGGCACUCUAGUGAUGCCAGCCAGGUGAUGGAUUCUGAUACAGAAGGAAUCUCCACGGGUAACGGGAUGGAUGAAAAUACUGAGCCAAUUACUGAGCCAAGUCAGGAAGAGGAUACAGAUGAUGCACUCAAAAACAAAGAAAACGACAGUGAUAGAACUAGUGCUUCAGCUUCGACUCCCCCAGAAUCCAUCGGAGAUCGCCGAAGUUUAUCGAGUCAAGCCGACUCCGACUCGGCCGUGGAACUCCGCGAAGAAAAGUACGAGAUCCACAUCGAGCGCUCGCAAACCGGCCUCGGCCUCUCGAUAGCCGGCGGCCGCGGCUCCACCCCCUUCAAGGGAGACGACGAGGGCGUCUUUAUAUCCCGCGUGACCGAAAAUGGCCCGGCAGACCUCGCGGGCCUCAAAGUCGGCGACAAAGUGCUCUCCGUCAACGGUGCUAACAUAAUCGGCGCCAGCCACUACGACGCCGUCGAAGUGCUGAAAGCCUCCGGCCAGGUGCUGGUGCUAGUCGUCACUCGCGAGGUCACCAAGCUGAUAAAGCAACAGGUGACCACGCCCACUCUCCCACCUGUUGAAGUAGGCGUGGCUGCUUCUGCGCCGAGAGCCUUAGUGCACACGACCCUCAUCCGUGAUUCGCGGGGGCUGGGCUUCAGCAUAGCGGGCGGCAAGGGCGCGCAGCCGUUCAAGGACGACUCGGAUGCCGUUUUCGUGUCUCGCAUCACCGAUGGGGGCGUGGCAGAUAAGGACGGGAAACUGCGAGUGGGCGAUCGAGUCAUAUCGAUAAACGGGGUCGAUUUGUCGGAGGCCACGCACGAUCAGGCCGUCGGCAUGUUGACGGGACUGGAGAGGUUCGUGAGGCUGACGGUGGAGAGGGAGGUCCUCGAUUUGGAUGGGAACGGGGAGGAGGUGAACAGGAGUCCGGGGCCGCAGCAGUCGCCGCGGAUGUUCGGGCUGCCGAAGCCCUAUACGGGACUGUACGCCGCCAAUAGUUAUUUGGCGAAUAGGCCCGGGUAUGCCGGGUAUAGGAGGUCGAUUGAAAUCGAGAAGAAGGAAUCUGAUUCACCAGAACCUGCCAAACCUCAGACGCCCACGCCGCAGCCGAUCCGUCCAGCCACGCCCAAGACCAACGGCCUCGACCACGCCCAGCCGAGGGCCGCGCCCCCGAAACCCGCCCCCCGCAAUCUCGGCUCGCUCAACGGCGAACCCUCGCCCCCUCUCAACCAGCCAAGCGGCUCCAAUUCUUCACUGGACGAAGAAGUGCAGGUACUGCCGCGGCCAAUCACCAACGAGGACUUCCAGGCGAUGAUCCCCGCCCACUUCCUUAGACCCGCCCCCUCCCCUGCCUCGCCCCCUCCUACCCCAGCAACGCCCCCGAAUCUCGAUAAAAACGCGAAUUCCGUGACGACGGUAACGAUACGGAAGCCCGAGCAGCUGGUCGAGCUGCCGCCGGCCCCCACGGGCCCCGGUAAGGUGACCGAAACGAUCACGAAGAGCACCUUUACGGAAACGGUGGUGACGAGGAUAACGGAUAAUAAGUUGGUAGAGCCCCUGAUCAUUGAGGACGUAACGUUGAGUAAGCUAGGAGGAUCUCUAGGUUUCAGUAUUAUAGGGGGCACGGAUCAUUCCAGUAUUCCAUUCGGGAUCAAAGAACCAGGAAUUUUCGUUUCACAUAUGGUCCCUGGUGGUGUUGCAGCAAAAUGUGGCAAACUGAGAGUAGGUGAUCGCAUUUUGAAGGUUAACGGGACCGAUGUAACUCAAGCGACUCAUCAGGAGACAGUCAUGGAACUGAUAAGGCCUGGGGAUUCGAUUACUCUUACGAUCAGGCAUGAUCCUCUGCCUGCGGGAUAUCAAGAACUGGUGAUCGAAAAGGGUGAAUCGGAAAAGCUUGGAAUGCACAUAAAGGGCGGUCUCCAAGGGCAGAAAGGCAAUCCUCUGGACAGGUCCGACGAAGGCGUUUUUAUUUCGAAAAUCAACUCAGUCGGCGCCGCCAGGAGAGACGGUAGACUCAGAGCGGGAAUGAGGUUGUUGGAGGUCAACGGAAAAUCAUUAUUGGGUGCUACCCACAACGAGGCAGUGAACUGUCUGAGAUCGUGUGGGAAUAUUAUUUAUAUGGUCGUGUGCAAAGGAUAUGAUAAAGGUGAUAUAGAAAGAGCUGUUCAGGACGGUAGACUAGCAAGAGGGGGAUCUACCAGUAGUAGAUCGCAGAGCGUUAGUUCUUUAGAUGUUGGAGACGAUGAAAGUCAACAGGGUCAAGAACCUAAAUCUGAACUUGUGCAAUUUAUUGAGGAGGCUGACAAACGUUUGCAACCUAUACCUCAAAUAGAAGAAUUGUCUCUUGUUGAAGCUAAACCCCCAUCACCUGCUGAUAAGGUGCUCGACGUGGUUCGAGCAGUGGAAACGUUGGCACACAUCCCCGUGGAGAAUUCGGUGCCCCCGAAAUCGCCGACCACUGAAUUGAAAACCACCACGGUGGUAAUGAGUAAGCACACUUUGGCCCAACAGCCCGCCACGGAAAUCAUGCAUGCCGCUACAGUACCCAAUAGAGAGGUGGAGCCAGACACUUCACGUGAUAGUAUAUCAGAUAACGAAACGCUGAUGUAUGAACCUAUCAAAGCUACUUCAAACUAUUCCGAAAGCUCCUCAGUAGCUUCUCAAGAUUUGCCAAGAUUCACACCUUCCUAUUUCCCUGGCAACAUUUACACCAAUAGACAUUCCAUGUACUCCCCUCAGCUGCCUCAACAAGUCGAAAUCAAUAUUUACAACAGCCUGCCGCACGGUAUGCAGUAUCUCGACUCUUCUGACCAUUUCGGCGUUCCCCCUCCACCCAUAGACAACUUCCCAUUCUCGGGCGGCACCACUCUGCUAGACGACUCUGAGAUACCUAGAGUACCCCCUCCACCGCCCCCUGAUUUCGAGGAUAGCCUGCCCUCGGACCUGCCCCCUCCUUUGCCAGACACUCCUCCACCGAUAACCAGCGGAACAAAGAAGCUUUCCACGUUCGUCAGUACUUCGAGCUUGUCCCGUAUCCCGGAAAAUGAACUGGGAGGUUUUUCCUCGACGGGAAAUUAUGCUUCUACUUCUGCUUUGGGGCCACAGGUUUCGAGGGUUGUUCGUGGCGAAUCGCUGAACAAGGAUAGAGUCGCACGCCCACAAAUUCCACCUCCGCCUGUACCGCCUCCUAUUAAAAAGGUACCGCCUCCCGUUAAAAAGGUACCGCCUCCCGUGCCCGCGAAAACUUCGAAGCUGAGAGCUUUCCGGAGUGAAGAAACCUUGCUGGAUGCCGGUGGUCCUGAUGAGAGUACGUUUAGUAAGCGUGGUACUUCUAGGCCGGUUUCUAUGAUUGCUACUAAUUUGCAACAGUUUGGAUUUCCUAGCGGGAAUUUGGGGACGACUAGUACAUCUGUGAAGCCGCCUCAAUCACCAACUAAUAACCCCGUAAAACAAUCUGUCAGCGAUAGGAAAAAAUUUUUCGAGACUGCCAUGGAAAAAAGCCAAAAACCGUCUAAACAAGACAAAGUGUUCAGCUAUUUGAGUGCCGACGAACUUGAAAAAUUGAAAGCAGAGGAGGACAGAAAAAUAGCCACUCUUUCUCAUUCAGAACUACUGUCCCUACAGGAACUAGAACAUUCUGAUGGGGAAUCAGUUGAUCCUAUAAGUUCAAGCCGACCGUCGAGCACGAUCGGCAUCGUCCGCACGGCCAAGGCGGAAAAGCGAAUGCGCGACCGGCUGCGCGACGACGGCCUCACCGACGACGACGACGACUCGGUGGGCGUGAGGGGCGGGCUGUCCCCGGCGGCGGAGCGGGCGCUGCGGGCGGAGAAGCGGGCGGCGUGGCGGGCGGCGCGGCUGCGCUCUCUCGAGCAGGACGCCGUGCAGGCGCAGAUGGUGAUCGAGCGGAUGACUGAGGUGGUGGGUGGCGGCACGCCGGUCGGCGGUGACGAGGUGGAACAAAUUCAGGAAAAAAUAAUAUCUCUGGAACUAAUCAAACCAGAAGAUUUGAAACAAGAUCUGAUCGAGAAGUCGAUAGAAAAGUUGGAGGAAGUUGAUGAGGACGAGAGCCUCUCGGAACCGCCCACUCCAACUCAAGAUCAAGAACAAAGCGAUUUCACGGAUGCAUCGAUAAAUAAAAAAAGACGGCGAAGAAAGUCCAAAAAGGGCAAAAAUUAGUAUUGUUCACAUCUGAAUUUUAAAGUAUUAAUCAUGUAUUCUUCAACUCUGAUUUUAAAUUGAUUGUUUGAGGACAAUUAGUAUUUUAUUUUUCAACAACUAUAUUUAUCAAAUUUUUUCUCACAUCACACGAUUGUUUCACCGAGGUGAUUGGGAUUUUAUUUUACAAUAUUGAAUUAUAUUAUUUAAUGUUUUUAAAUUAUUUGUUUAAACUAUAUCAAAUAUUUAAUUGUAAUUUUUACAUAUUUUAUGUAUUUUAAUCAUAGUUAAUGUAUGUAUGAUACGAAUUAUUCCAAGGCUUCAUAACCUUCAAAAUCUAUCCUUUUUUAUACCUAUUUUUCUACUGGUGGUUUCCUUCACAGUUUUUAAGGCAAAUAUGACAAUACAUAUACCUACAGUGCUUUGAAUCAGAUAUAAUAUAUAUUUAUAUUAUGUAAGUGAUAAAUGAGUAUUCAAUAAAUAUGUACAUUUUAAUUAUC